AAAAGAUGGAAGACGACGUUGCGGGGAGUGCCAGGCACAGGCACCGGCCCUUAGUGGACAACGGAGUCGGCUCCGGACCGUUAGAGGCGUCUGGGCACGGGCCAUACCCUAUUCCACUGAUUGACACGCAGCGUUGCACUACGAUGCCCCACCUAACAGUUUCCCUCCUACGUCACCCGCACCUACACCUCACUAACGCUGUUCCCGGAACAUCUUCCACCUCACGGCCGCUCCCCCGCAACAGCAUACCUCAUGUCUGGAAAUCCAAUACCAAACCUGCUCUCACUCCGCGGAGCGAGAGGUGGCCGGGUUGGUCGCGGGCGCGGAAGAGGUCCCGGCGGCGGCCCCUCAUCCUCCGGCCCGACUCACGAUCAGACGAUUCAGGGAACUGACGAUGACGCUGCCGGCUCACGUUUGAGUGCUGUCAAUGUCGGAUAUCUCGCCGACUCCUACGCCCACUUCUUUGUUGAUAACAUCAAUGGACCCCCUCCAAGGAGACUCCCAAUCAUCAAUCGAGGCACUUAUACGAGGACCGUUGCUCUCGAUAAUCUCAUUGACAGCUUCUUGGACGGGUCUGACAGUGCGCAACCUGGUUCAAAUGAGAGACAAAUCAUUUCACUAGGCGCUGGCACCGACACACGCCCGUUUCGUCUCUUUCCCAGGGCAAAAAGGCCUCAGCUUGUCUACCAUGAGAUAGAUUUCUCAGUCACAGUUCGCAAGAAGGCACGUAUAGUGCAAGCAGCCCCUCCAUUGCGAAACAUCCUCGGAGUCCCCUCGGUUGAGGAAGACGGUUCAUGGAGUUGUCAGCCAUCCGCAUCAGACAAAUACUAUUGUCAUGCACGGGAUCUCAGAGAAAUGGUGCAGGACGGCGCAACACCUCUUGCGGGCAUCAGAACAGACAUCCCUACUCUACUCAUCUCAGAAUGCUGCCUCUGCUACCUAGAGACAUCUAUAACGAAGCAAGUCGUGUCUUUGUUUGAGCAAAAGAUCCCCAAUCUCGCCAUUGUGGUGUACGAACCAAUCAGGCCUGACGACCCUUUCGGCAAGAUGAUGACCUCCAACCUUGCAGCAAGGAGAAUACGCAUGCCUACUCUGGAGAAUUACAAGCUGCCACAGGAUCAGACGCAGCGUCUCCGCGAUGCAGGCUUCGAACACGCCAAGGCGCUGACCGUGGAACGGAUUUGGGAAAGCUGGGUGCCAAGUGAGGAAAAGGAGAGAGUGGACCGUUUAGAGGGCCUCGACGAGGUGGAGGAGUGGAAGCUGUUGGCUGACCACUACGUUAUCGCAUGGGGAUGGAGAGGCGCCGGGUUUACGAUGGGAAAUGCCGACGGGGAGCUGUGAGUUACCCAAGCAAGCCGCAAGACAGCUGUGCCGCUUCGCUUAAGCAGAGACAUUAUUAAUUGAGAUGUGUCUCAAACCGGCAAACCAACGCUGAACUGUCAGCUACCCCCCCCUUUCUGACAGAUGAUUUACUCCCUCUUCGUCACCAACCUAAUUGAGGCUCUGCUUGGCUUCUCGGACUUGGAUUUUGGUGGUUCUCUCUCAAGUCACCAUGGUCACGGGGAUGUUGCAU